ACCUUUUUAGUAACGACAGAUAAAGCUCUACUACAAGUUUGGAGCAAUGUUUUGGUAAAGCUUCGAUGGAACACCACCGCCAURUUGUUUUGUUCGCUGGCUCGUCCAAUCCAUCAGCGGUUAUACCAUAYAUGCAAUGACUUAUGGGAUACACAGAAUCAACAUGGCCGACGAASACARUCGAGAAUACUUARAAAWACUUUCGAAAAAUGAACUGGUUGACAAAAUACUACAGCUUCAGAAAGAGAAAGAAAAAAUGCUGGUUAGUAUUCCUGAUAUUCCUAGCAUUACAAAAUCKUCAGUAAAAAGUAGUGACUCUGGCGAAAAGGAGAAAAAGACAGGAAAGCACAAGAAAUCUUCAAAACGAGAAUUUGAUUUCAAGAGAUACAAUAAGAGACAUAUCGCGUUAAUGAUAGCGUAUCUUGGUUGGGACAUGCAUGGAUUUGCUGCGCAGGAAAACAUUGACACGACUGUUGAGGCUUUUCUGUUUGAUGCAUUGAUAAAGGCACGGCUCGUAGAAACGAGAGAAGAGAGCAACUAUUCACGAUGUGGACGGACAGACAAAGGCGUCAGUGCCUUUAGACAAGUCGUUUCCCUGGACGUCCGGUCUAACGUGUCUGAAGGAGUGGGAAUUAUACAGUCAGAGGAUUUUCUUGAACAAGGAAAAGGAUCAGAUACAAAAGAACUUCCCUAUGUGCAGAUUCUCAACAAUCUUCUCCCCGAUGAAAUUAGAGUAAUCUCCUGGGCCCCUGUCAGUGAAGACUUCAAUGCWAGGUUCAGUUGUACCUACAGGAAGUACAAGUACUUCUUUCCUGCAGCAGAUCUAAACAUAGAACUAAUGAACACAGCUGCCAAAAAGCUUGAGGGAGAGCAUGAUUUUAGAAACUUUUGCAAAAUGGAUGUAGCAAAUGGYGUUAUGCARUUUAAAAGAACUAUAACYUCUUUUUCUGUGAAAAAAGUYCAAMRAGAUAAAAUGUCYUUAAMAGAGCAWGUAAGUAUCRACAAAUURCAUGCUACAGAGAGUGGYUAUGAAAUGUAUGAGGCUGUGAUAUCUGGGUCUGCUUUCCUUUGGCAUCAGGUKCGUUGUAUGAUGUCUGUCUUAUUAAUGAUUGGACAGCACCUUGAAAACCCAGAAGUCAUAGAUCAGCUUCUUGACGUGAAGAAUUGUCCCCAAAGACCGCAAUACAACAUGGCUGUAGAGUUCCCUUUAGUAUUACAUGAUUGUGUUUUUGAGGACAUUCAGUGGGUUUAUGAACCAACUACUGUGCAAUCUUUGAAUAARCAUUUGCAACAGCUUUGGRCAGUWCAUGGUGURCRUGCCGCCAUGUUAAUGGAAUURAUCAAUCUUGUUAAUGAUGUUCYGGUGGGGCAAAGUGCUAUAUCCACUUUUUACCAGUGUGUCAAUUUGAUCCCUGGAGAGAGUAACAAGACACACAAACCUCUAAUGAAACGAGCUUUGUGUGAAAGUUUUGAACAGAAGCUUGAGAAUGUCAAUUCCAAGAGGAGGAAAAAAGGAAAGGAACUCUUAAAAAGUGCCAAAGUAGAAAGUAUUGAGUGAUUUACUAAUGGGAAUGAUUGAUAUAUACCUAGACCUAGUUCUAACAUGAAUUUUUCAUCUCCUUUUUUAAAAACUUAAUCAUUUUUUGAAUUUCGUUUUAUCAGUGAACAAUGAACAAUGCUUAAUGUAUAAAAAACAAAGGUAGAAGAGAAGACUAACUACGAUCAAAAUAUUAUAUAUAGGUCAUUAGUGAAUCGACAUAAUUACAGAGUUUACAUAAUGAUAACACAAUAACAGCAAAUAAAGACAAUUAUCAUUAGA